ACGUGAUUUGAGAUGUUUUUUGCGAUAAGAUAGGGAAAGAUUACCUGAAAUUUUCCGCUGAUAACACUCUAAAGUGGUGAUAAGAGUGUUUAACAGCGGUAUUUAGAGAAAGGUUUGCUUGAGUAGCUUGAAAUUUAUCGGCGCAGUUCUACGAAGUGGGUUUGUUAUUGUUUGCAAAAAGCAAGGCAAAAACUCUCUCGUGAUUUUGCCUGUUUUUAUGGAUUUUCGCUGAUUUCUCGCUACAAAAUCAGGGUCAGUGAGUUUCGGGGCGACAGAGAACUUGACCACAGCCAAAGAGCGAGCGUCACAACAGCCAGUGUCAUGACCUUUUGGGCGAGCCUUCCGGGAGGCCCAGGAGUGCGAGGGCGGUUCGUGGGAGUGUCUGGAGAGUGAAUUUCGCGCGGAAGACGCAGUGAAAGUGCCGCGAGAGCCGAAGCCAGUGCUCGGGAAGUGGCCCGAGUGGCGCGGUUUCUCGUCACAUUCCUCCAGUCACUUGGAUCUCGCCUCAGCGGUCGAACGUGCGCUCGCGGUGCGGCAAAUACAGCGCAAUUGGAGAGGAACACCUGUGAUCUUGAGGACGAGGAGUCGCCAGUGGAAUUCUGGGAGUGCCAACGUGUCUCGCGAGGGUGAUUCGUGGUGCACAUCUGUGAGCAGAGAGAGUGAAAAGUGGUCUGACGUGUGAGGAGAAAGCCAGCAAGAGGAACUGUCCAGGGAAGACUUUCACACCAUGACGUCGACGUACAUUGGCGGAGUCGAGGGGGGAGCGACACACUCCAAGCUGGUGAUCUGCGAUGAGCAGGGCGACGUCGUCACCACGAUCGCGGGCCUGGGCACCAAUCACUGGCAAGUGGGCAUUCCGGAAGUGGUGCGGCGCAUCAUCGACAUGGCGACGCGCGCCAAGGCGGCCGCCGGCCUGCCGCAGACGCUGCGGCUCAAGUGUCUGGGCCUGAGUCUGAGCGGCGGUGGCGAGGACUCCAAGGAGGCGCUGGAGAGCGAGCUGCGCAGCGCAGAUCCCAAUUUGGCUGAGAGCUUCGUUAUCACCAAUGACACGGUGGGCAGCAUCGCCACGGUUUCUCCGCUGGGCGGCGUGGUUCUCAUCUCCGGCACCGGCUCGAACGCCCUGCUGAAGAACCCCGACGGCUCUGAGUUCAACUGCGGCGGCUGGGGACACAUGAUGGGCGACGAGGGCAGCGCCUGGGGAAUCUCCUACAGAGCCAUGAAGACUGUCUUCGACGAUGAGGAUAACUUCGUCAGAUCGCCACAUCCCACGAAUGUCGUGUGGCGGCUGAUAAAGGAGCACUUCAGCGUCGAGACGCGGCAUGAUCUGCUGAACUUCUUCUACGCGAAACACUAUGACAAGCCUCUGAUCGCCGGCCUGUGCUCGAAACUGGCCAAGGCGGCCAACGAGGGUGAUCGUCUGAGCCAGCAGCUCUUCACGGAGGCCGGACGCCUGCUGGCCAAGCACAUCAUCGCCCUGCUGCCGCGCGUGAGCGAGGAUCUCGUGCGCAGCGGCGAGCUGAGCAUUGUGUGCGUGGGAUCCGUGUGGCAGAGCUGGGAUCUGCUGAAGAUGGGCUUCGUCAAGGAGAUGAACACCACAUCGGUGAACUACGGACUCGCGCUCAAGCGCUUAACGCGGACCAUGGCUUUGGGAGCCUCUUACAUGGCGGCGGACGCCAUUCAGUUCAGUCUGCCGCGAGACUACGCGAAGAACUAUGAGCUCUUUCACACGCACCACAACUCAGCGGCGGUGAAUGGGCGGAAGAUCGAGUGACUGACGGGGAAAUUGUAGUGAGAGUGCGUGCAGAGUGUCUUGAGUGGUCACACGGAAGAAUUCUCAUCAAAGUGACUCCCAAAGUCUGCAAUAUGUUCAAUGAUAUUACUUAACAAGAGAGCCAUAAAGUGAUGCUAAAUUGUAAGGUGGAAAUUUAGUGAGAUCUGAAUGCUACAGGGAAUUGUUUAGGACAUCUACUUAAAGCUGUUUGAUCUUCUCCUCUUCGGAAUUGUCGCAUUUUGAUGAAAAUUCUGUGCGUGUGACGAAUGCUUAAUGUUGAUUGAUGAAUUCAUAAUAAAAUCGGACUUUAUUGUAUUGAUAAAA